CUUUCGAGGAUGGGUAAAUCGACGGACUGUGCUCCGUCCAGAGGCAUGCCCAGAUCCAUCAGCACCCCGCUGACGCCGUCCUUCAUCAUCACCUCCUCGCCCACCAGGGAGCCUCUGAAACAGGAAGUGUCGGCAAACAACGUCAUCAUCGUAGACCCCAGCAAUGACUUGAGCUCCAGCCCUCGGAAUGGCAAAGACAACAUGGCGGCUCGCUCUGCCGAGUGGCGCUCCGAAGACAGCGGCUCCAACCUCAUCAUCCUGGAGACGUCCAAUCUCAUCAUUCGCAGUGCCUCGGAGUUCUCGCUCAGCACCGCCUGCGAGCAGCCGCAGGAGAAGAUGUUCCUCAACAACCCCUUUUUCAAGCUGCGUUCAAGAAGCACAAUAUCUCUGGUGGACGAAGAGAUAAAGAUGGUGAAGCAGAGAGAGGAGGAGUUGAAGAAAGAGAGGGCCAGCCUGUACGGACGAGACCGGUUCGACCCCGACAGGUCCAACCGCCUGGACACUCUGACGUUCGGUCACUCAGUUGAUGUACCAAUGAAGUGCAAGUCCUCUCCGUCCUCACCAAUGAAGACGGCCUACCGGAUGGAUCGCUCAGCCUUGUCCUGCGACCACAGAUUCCCGGAUGUCUACGCCGGAGGAAGACGGAAGAGUGCCAUGGCUCUGCGCUGGGAGGCCGGCGAGUUUACAAAAACUGACUGAAGCC